GUGUACGAAAGAAGAAGCUAUCGAACACAAUUAUGGUGGUCAAGGAGUGAAACCUUGCACGAACGCUUACAUGUUGGUGUACAUGAGCGAACGUUCGCAGUCCUCCCUGGAUAGCGACGCUCACUUUCCUGACAGCUGCGGGCAAACAGAAUCUGCACCCUCGAACACAUCAAUAAUGCAGCUCGUCCGCGAGAUAGAGGAUAACCAAAAAACACUGACUCAAGUAAUGGAACGCAUAAAUGUCAAUCAAAAGGUACCGCGUCCACCAUACUUCCCUUUAAAGAGGUUAAAAGAUUUUAUAGAUGUGGACCAAAUAAACGAUGAACAGUUCAGUGACCUCGUCGCAUAUUAUAAGUCGCUGGGCGGUGUUACGUUAGAGGAAGCGGUGACCAUCUCCUUAAAUGAAAGUAUGACCGAAUACGUAAUUAGCCACUUAACAUGGCUUGGAGAUCGAUAUGGCACAGAAGCACUCAACGUGUCAAAAAUCACUUCCGCUAUAUACGGUCAUUAUCCUAUUUAUAAUGCGAUCGNGUUCAAGAUAGCAAUGGUGGCGGCGUUAAAAGACAUUUG